AGAAAUACCAAAGAAGACAGAAGAGCACCCUCCAAAAGUCCUCAGCAGAAUGUCCUCUGUCAACGACACGGCCUCACAUCCUCCUGCCUUCCUCCUGCUGGGUAUUCCUGGUCUGCAAGCUCUCCAUAUCUGGGUGGCCUUCCCUUUCUGUGUGGUUUAUCUGGUGGCCCUUGUGGGGAACAUCACAAUCCUGUUUGUGGUCAGGACUGAGCAGAGUCUUCAUCAACCCAUGUUCUACUUUCUGGCUCUUCUCUCCUUUAUUGAUCUAGGUCUCUCCACUUCUACCAUACCCAAAAUGCUGGCCAUCUUUUGGUUCAACAUUCGGGAGAUAAGCUUUGAAGGCUGUCUCACCCAAAUGUUCUUUAUUCACUCCUGCACCGGUAUGGAAUCUGAUGUACUCACGGCCAUGGCGAUUGACCGCUUCGUUGCCAUCUGUUAUCCACUGAGAUAUCCCACUGUUCUCACCAACAGAGCGGUAGCCGUCAUGGCCUCUGUUUCAGUAGGGAAGCCAGUCUUCCUUGCCAUCCUAUUCUGCCCUCUUCUCAAAAGACUGCCCUUCUGUGGACACCAUAUUAUUCCGCACACGUACUGUGAGCACAUGGGCAUUGCCCGGCUCGCCUGUGCGAACAUAAGAGUCAACAUCACCUACGGCUUGUUUACCAUCGCGACCCUGGUCUUUGAUUUGAUCCUUAUCGCCCUCUCCUACGUUCGCAUCCUACGAGCUGUCUUCCACCUUCCUUCCAAAGACGCCAGGCGCAAAGCCCUUAGCACGUGUGGUUCCCAUGUCUGUGUCCUCUUAGCCUUUUACACCCCAGCGUUUUUCUCCUUUAUGACCCACCGGUUUGGUGGGAACAUUCCUCGCUACGUUCACAUCCUCCUGGCCAGUCUCUACGUGGUUGUUCCUCCCGGUUUAAACCCAGUCAUUUACGGGGUCAGGACAAAGCAAAUCCGUGACCGCGUUGUGAGAAUAUUUGUCAAGAAAGAGGGACCCAGUACAUUCAGAAGUUGAGAAACUCUUGCAGGC